AUGUCGGUGGCGCAAUACGACACCAAAUUCAACCAACUCAUUAAAUACGUUCCAAUGUAUGAUGCUGAUGAAUGGCAAAAGGCACAGAAGUUUAUGUCGGGACUUCGAGUAGAGCUGUUGCAGGCUUUGAGCACUUGGUCGAUCGAUUCCUAUGAAGAAACCUUGAGUAAAGCUUUGAUAACAGAAAGGAAUCUUCUUCAAGUGAAGCUUAUUAGGUCUGGUGAAACGAAGGCAAACUCAGAACAGAAAUCGAGAAAUAAAAGCUCCCAAAACAGCAGGCAAUGCCUCAAAUGUAAAGAAGAACCAUCCGAGAAAGAAAUGCUUGGGCACUAUUCAAGGAACUGUCUGAAGAAGCUAAAACUCGGACAAGCAGAUAGACCAGCUGAAAGAGCAAGAGAGGCUCGUGGGACUCGUCAGGGACGCGUCUACAACCUCACCAAAGAAGAUGUGGGGAUAGAUUUGACAGUCAUACAAGGUACGCUCUUUAUAUCGAAUACCCCUGUGCAUGCAUUGAUAGACCCUGGGUCAACGCAUUCAUUUAUGUCAUAUACACUAGCUAUGAGCUUGGGGGUAGAGACUAAACCUAUGGAAUCUCUGAUAAUAAUUUCAACGCCCAUGGGUAAAAGUGCAAGGUCCUCAAGAGUGAUAGAAAGAUGCGAAAUUAGUUUAAGUGAUGCUCGAUUCCAGGUUGAUCUAAUCUUGCUGGAAGUAUACGACUUCGACGUAAUCUUGGGAAUGGACUUCUUGUCCAGAUAUGAUGCCAGUAUAGAUUGUCGAAGAAAAAUAGUGACCAUAAAGAAACCCGAAGGGGAAUAG